CUCAUCUCCUGAACCUGCCGUACACAUCCUGCUCGUCCCUGAUACUGUUCUAUCCAGGGCAUCAACAGGAGUGCUCUUCUCAUUCAAUUCAGCUCGCUUCACCCAACGUCUGGAUUUCCACGACUUCAGUCCGCGCUGCGUGACACUGUUUACUCUUGUUUAUCUUCCAAAACACCCCCUCAACCACAGUUGGGCUGCAAGCCACAACUUACAAUCCAGAACAACUCGCUAGAAAGUCGAACUGAGACCUCAGAUCCAGCACAAUGACUCUCUACUACAGCCUUGUCUUUUGCCUCUUGGUGUUCGAGAUGGCGGUCUUCAUGGGCCUCAUCGUUCCUCUUCCCUUCGUCGUGAAGAGGAAGCUCUUCACCUUCAUCUCGGAGAGCCCGAUAGUCGCUAAACUGCAAUAUGGGCUGAAGAUCACUUUUAUCUUUAUCCUUAUCCUUUUCAUUGAUAGCGUCAACCGCGUGUACCGUGUGCAGCUGGAGCUGGCUGCCUUUGGCAAGGAGGGAGGACCCAUUGGUGCGGCCGCCCUCGGUGCUGAUCGCAUGGAGGUCCAAGCCCGGAAGUUCUACUCGCAGCGCAACAUGUACCUGUGUGGAUUCACCCUCUUCCUAUCUCUCAUCCUCAACCGCACCUACUCCAUGAUCCUCGAGGUCCUCCGUCUUGAGGAGAAGGUUAAGCUCAUCGAGGGUGACAAGAAGGCUGGCGGCAAGGACUCUGUUCGUCUCGCGCAGGCCGGUGAUGCCGGUGAGAUUGGCCGUCUGAAGCAGGAGCUGGAAGCCAAGGACCGCGACAUCGAGAACCUGAAGAAGCAGUGCGAGGGCCUUACCCGGGAAUACCACAGACUGGGCGACGAGGUCUCCGGCACGAAGAGCGAUACCCCCAAGAAGGAUAUGUAAACAGCCUUACGUCGCGACUGUCGCUGCCGCGAGAGGUACAACCUGUGAUCGGCUCGGACAACGGAGAGUUAAAAUUGGACUUGCUUUCGGGGUUCAAUUAUUUAGGACGACUUAGCGGAGCUGUGCUUCUCCCUGUCAUUUCAGGAUCAUGGUCUUCGUCAGGCCGGGGAUUAAGUUGCGGACAUCAUCAUUUGGUGGUCGGAAAGCCUGGAUUUUGCCUGUUUCUGUAUGCAUGAAGGUGUGAUGUGUGGUGGUGUAUUCCUGGGCGAGGAGUUAUCUCCAAAACUGAGGAUUGUGUGGGUUAUCAUUACAAUGCAGCUAAGAUACACUAUUGUUUACUUGUCAAGCCAGCCAUGGGCGUGCAGUAAGGCCUGUCAUAGAUCAGCCACAUAUCUCUGCUGGUCAUACUCACACAGCGGCAUGUCGGCAACCGCUAUCUGGGCCAUGAUGUCUACUCGU